AUAAUAAUUGAGAAUUUGAUUAUUAUUUCCGAACAACAACUUGUUCACAGCAUCUAUGAUGAUGAUGAUGAUAAUGAAAAGAUCAUCAGCAACAAAAAAUCAGAUUCAAUGACAAUUUGUGAACGGAUUAAAAAUGGUACCGAAACAAUUAUAAUGAUAGGACCGAAAAAAAGUGAUAAUGAUGAAGAAGUGAUGAUGAUGAUGAUAACUGAAUCAAAGUUUAUAUUUUAUUCACGUAUAAAUUGGACCAAUGAUAAUAGUAAUGGACCACGAUUAUCAAUUCGUUCAUCAUCAACAGUUCAACAUUUAGAACAAUAUUCUAAAUAUCUUUACUAUAAUUGUUCAUAUCUAAGUUGGCGUCCAACAUAUAUGAAUACUUAUUUACAGACUAUUAAAAUUGAUUCAUCAAUUCGUUAUAAUGAUAAUAAUAAUGUUAUGGCAAAUCGAAACAAUUCAUCAUGUUCAACAAUUGUCAACAGCAGCAGCAGCAGCAAUGAAAUGAUAACAUUAUAUUAUCAGAAAAAUUUGCAAUUUAAAAAUCGUUUUCGUCUAGAUUUAUCGAGUCAACAAUGUUUUAUCGAUGAUUUUCCAUCAUCAUCAUCAGCAAAUCUUUUGAAAAAUCAUCGUUAUUUUGCGCUUUCAAUACGUCAUAAUAUGACAAUGGCUAAUAUGCAUGAGGAAUAUUUUUUACUGGCUAAAAAUCUCUCUCAUCGUUUAGAACAGGUAAAAUUAUUACAACGAAAACAAAUAACAAAUACUACAGUGGUGAAUGAAACAAGAAUCGAAGAAUAUUUAUGGAAUAUUUGUGUGAAUAAAGAAUAUAAUCAACUUACCUUUAUCGAUGCCGACCAUGAAUGUAGCCAAUCAUCAAAUGAACGAAUGAUACCAUUGGAAAUUCGAUCUGAUGACCAAAAGCAUAAUAUAACUGGAUUUAUUGAUUUCGAUAAUAAUUAUUCCAUAUGGAUUGGUGUACCGGAAAAAGAAAUGUUAAUCGUAUUACAUCAGUUCAAUGAAAAUAAUAAUAAACAACAAACGGCUAAAUUGAUAACAAUACUCACUAAAAAACAACUUGUCCAAUGCCAAAAUGAAGAUGAUUAA